AUGCUGUGAGACGGUGGAGCGGGAGGCGCCGCCGUUCCCCCGCGCGGGGUUCGCGGUGGAGCGGUGCGCGGAGCAAGGCGGCUCCGCGCCGCCCGGCGGGCCCUCACCGCCCGGCGGGCCUGCUGGGCGCGGCCGCCUGCCCGAGCCAGCCGCGGGGCUGAGAGGCUCCUCCGGCGCCGCCGCGGAGCCCGCCAGCCUCCUCGCGAUACAAAAAAUACAUGAAAAAUGAAAAUGAGCGAACCAGACCAUGGAACAUCCUUUACAAGUCGUAGGAUUAGUGGUGUAGAACACCGGGUUGUUCCCCUGAGGAGCGGUCUCUGCAGCCAGAGGUACAAACCCAAACCUGGCGGCUACAAACAUCUGCGGGAACUUGCUGCGGCGGAAAAACUGGUGUCCGCAAAAAUUCAACUAAAGAUUAAAAAAACAGAGCAAGUUUCAAAAAUGAACAGAGAGCAGAUGCUGCUGAAACAGCAUCGGCAGGUGUGGUGGCGAGAGCAUGAAAGACUGAGGGAGAGCAGGCAAAAAGUGGAAGCAGACAUAAAGACUUUUCUGGAUGAAGAAAGCCAUAAGCACGGCUUUUUUUCAGAUAUGAGCGACUUGGAACAUAAGUUAUCAAAGGAGCGGGACACACACCAAGCAAAUACUGUAGCUCCUAUCUGGCAACUAAAAGAAGAUUUGAAGUCCAGGCUGUCUGAGAUGCAGUGUCACCUCCCAGAAGAGUCCCCUCUGAAAUCUAAAAUCAAUCCACUUGACAUGUUACAGCAGAUUGAAUCUGUGAAGAAGCAACAGAAGGAAAUUUUGGAAUUCCUUGCCCUUGAAAGUCUGGCUUUGGAAAGAGAGCUUGAGGAAUAUAAACCAGAAGCACUAGCACGUUCUUUUGAAGAGAAAAAUGGACUUGUCCUUGAAGUUCCGUCGGCACUGCUGUCUUUGGAAUGCCCCUGCCCGGACUUGAAGACCUUAAUUAUCGAUGAAUACCGAACACUUGCCGGUGCAUUCUGGUCCAGGCUUCAAGAGAUCGAUGAACAGUUACAAGUUUCAUAUAGGAACAUGGACUGGACGGAGGAAGAUCGGUGGGUUUUUCAGACCGUUAUCCACCAGUACCCAAGCGAUCUUCAGCGGAGGAGGAUGCUGUACCUGGACGCGCUGCAGAGGUACCUUCCUCACAAAUCCAGGCAUGAGCUGGUUGUCCACGAGGAAGCCUGGGAUCGUCACCAGCUGGGCAGGAGCCAGCGCAGAGCCUUGCUGCUGGGCUGGGCUCAGGCCAGGAGAGCCCUCCUGCUCAGGGCGGUGGCGAGCGCCGCCCGCGCCUCUGCCGCUCAGCAGGAGGCGGCGGCGCUGGCUGGGACCCGGCUGCGGCAGCAGCAGCUCUGCGCUCAGCUGAAAGCUAAGGUUCUGCAGUGGAAGGCGCAGCAGGAGGAGGCUGCGAGGCUCGAGGCUGCUGGAGCUGCCAGGAGGAGAGAGGAGCAGGAUGAGGAAGAGAGGCUUCGGAAAGAGCAGGAGAUGAUUCGCAGAGCUCAGGAGAGAGAGAAAGUGAAAAAGUACUGGGCUGAGAAGCAACUCAGGUGGCAAGAACAGGAAGAGAAAGAUCUCCAGCGUCUGGAGGAAUUCAGAAAACGAAUGGCUGAACAAGCAGUUAGAGACAGAGAACGCCUUAGAAACAUUAACCACAGAAGGGCAGAGAGCUGUUGCUGUUGUGAGGUAGCGUGGUGCGACACGUCUGGCUUAGGGCAGCGUGCAGCCUGUCCUGGCUGGGCUGAGGAGCCGCGGGCACGGUGAGCGCAGAGCGCAGAGCCCGGAGCCCUCGCCCCUCGCCGCUGCGCCGCCGCACCACUGCACCUCCGCACCGCCGCACCGCAGCUCUGCCACACCGCCGCUCUGCCGCACCGCCGCACCACUGCACCGCCGCGCCGCCACACCGCCGCUCUGCCACACCGCCGCACCACCGCAGCUGGCUCGAGUCUUUGCACAGUGAUGAGGAAGGCAGCUCAGGCCGCACCGCGGUUCUGCUCGGAUGUGUUUCCAGGCUCUUUUGGGAAAGGAAAAGGUUUUUGGAUUGUGAGCUGACUGACUAUUCCAAGUACAAGGUGUAGCCUAGAUACAGUGCGUAGAGUUUCUAAUAGGUACAGUAAGACAUGAAAAAAUGGUCUGCUCUUAUCCUGAUUUGCUUUUAAAAUGAAUUGUAAAACUGUUUUUAAAAAUGGUGGGGGCUGGGGUAAGAACCUGGGUCUGCCGAGAUUCUGAAAAAUGCCCCAACAAGUAGGCAAAAAUUAGACUUCUUUUUCGAUUUCUUCUACUCCCAUUCAUUUUGUAUUGUUUGCUGAUAGUGAUCCUGCUGUUAAAAUGGGUGGACAUGCCCUUACCUAAACUAUUGUAUAUUCUAACGGUGAUAAUUGCUGAUAAUGCAGGAAAUACAGAUUUAAACUUUUCAGGCUAAGAACCUGAGACUGAAACUGUCUGGAUAAGAGCUCAGAUUACUGAUGUGUAUCAUAAAGGGUCUGGCCACGUUUGAAAAGGAAAGCAGAGAGUUCUGAUCCUCCUUUUCAAUACAAAUGAAAGGUUUGACGGGUGAGGGCUGCAGGACAGGAACGCCCCAAAGCACAGCGGGUGCCGCGGGACUGGGGAAGCGCGCUCCUUCCCGCACCCACCCGCUGAGCAGGGCUGGGGGACGGGGCCGGCGCGGGGUGAGCGCAGCUGACAGAGUGUGUGACAGCGAAACGUGUGCCCGCAGCCCCACGCAAGCAGAGCCGUGGGUGAUGUACAGCAGAGCCGUGGGUGAUGUACAGCCACUGCGGGCCCAGAGCUGAGUACUGACAAUGUGUGUGUGCAAGCAGAGCCACGGGUGAUGUACAGCAGAGCCAUGGGUGAUGUACAGCCACUGCGGGCCCAGAGCUGAGUACUGACAAUGUGUGUGUGCAAGCAGAGCCACGGGUGAUGUACAGCCACUGCGGGCUCAGAGCUGAGCACUGGCACGAUGUGUGUGCAAGCAGAACUGCGGGUGAUGUACAGCAGAGCCACGGGUGAUGUACAGCCAGUGCAGGCCCAGAGCUGAGCACUGACACACCACACGUGUGUGCAAGCAGAGCCAUGGGUGAUGUACAGCAGAGCCGUGGGUGAUGUACAGCCACUGCAGCUGGGCCUUUGUACGGACACAGGUUCACAAGCCAGCUGUUCCCUAUGGCUGAAGUUGGGGCUGUGCACCUGUGUCUUCAGGAUACUGAAUUGUAAGCUCUUUUAAUGUGGUGUCAAGAACAACAAACUGCAUUUAGGUCUUACUGAGCUUCAAGAAUUAGCUUCCAAAAGGGCACGUUUGGCUGUAGCCAGAAGCCUGCUUCUCCCUUUUCUGAUCCAUGCAGUGAGUUGCAGUCAGGUUCUCCAUCAGGUCCCGUAGGUACGCACUGGAUUGAAUGUACAUAAAAUAUUCUGAAAUAGUAUUUCCCCCACCUCUCCCAAGCAACACAUUUUGCAUUAAUGUAGCAGGGUAAGAAUUAAACUGGCACGAAAUUGUGCAAGUGUUUUCCUCCCUACCUGUGCGGGGCAGAUGGUGCCGCCGCGCUGCCGGGCAGGGGAGCGCCAGAUUCGCCCGCCGCCUGCGCUGUGACGGUGCGCACACCGCUGCACAGCUGGGAGCACAAGCAGACAUCUCAGCCGGGUGACUGACGGCAGAGAACAGGAUAAGUUGUGAUACAUGGAAAAAAACCCUAUAUAGUAACCCAGCUUUUUAAAGUUUUGCUAAAGCUUUCAUAAUAACCAUAGUAAUUCAUUAUUUCCUAUUGAAUGCUUAUGAGAUGGUGUCUGAAAGCAGAGUUUUAAUGAAAUCAUGCUUGUCAAAAAUUACAUAAGUGUGUAUCCACAAUACUUCAAAAAAGUAGCUUUACUGAAACUAAGCAGCUAAGCUUAUUUUUUAAGCUGGUGAUUUAGUAAAAUUGUUACUCACCAUGGUACUUAAAGCCAAAAUCGAGUAUUAAAACAUUUUAAUUUAAA